AGGUGCUUCAACACGGACCCUACGACUUGUUUGUGUUUAAGCUUUGGACCAACAAAUCGGUUGGUCCGAUUUGAAGGGGAUGAAUUUUUGAAUCCUCUGAGACGCCUAAUCGGACCCUCCGAGUUGCUAGUAGAGGGUAUUUUUUUUAAUGCAUUUAAAUGAAAUCGGAGGGUGCGAGUAGGUUAUUUUAAUAAUUUUUUGAAUGAAGUAUACCUAAUCGGAGGGUCCGACAUGUUGGGGACUCUAAACAAAAGUGUCUGAAUGAUGGUGAGACCUAUUGGCGUUUUCUUCUUCUUCAACGGUUCUUUCCUCUGGUUUUUCCUUCUCUGUUUCUUCAUUACUUAGCGCCCAUAUUAGUUACAGAUCGAGUUCUCAACUUUUUGAUUUUGUUUAUGUGAUUAAAAGAAAUGAGUGACCGAGUUUUAUUGAAGGUGUAUUAUUUUGGUCAGAUUUUAUUACAAAUAUCUGAAGGAGUAAGAUUUGUUUGUGAAAAUUCGUUAGAUGUUGUGAUUCCUUUCACAAUCUCAUUUGAAGAGCUCAAAGGUGUGAUCUGUGAAAAGAUCCAGUCUGAGAGGGCAAGAAGUGUAGCCUGUAUUCUAUAUAGAUACCCUGUGCAGGUGUUUGGUGGAUUCGUCCAGUUUCAAACCAAAUAUGUAACGGACGAAGCGAGCAUGCACGAGAUGUUUUCAAUGUACAUUGAAAAUCGGAGUCAACUCGCGUUCAUUGAGUUGUAUGUUGAGUUCGAGCAAUCUGAGGCCGACCGGAAUAUUCUACGGGAAGAUUACAAUAGCGAUAGCGAAGAAGAGUUCGAAAGCAACUACGAAGUUGUUGGUCCAGAUGGAGAUGGAGAUCAAGGUGGCAGACCUAUGGCUCCGGAUGUAUCAGAUGUGGCAAAUGCAUUGGCAAACGAAGUGCCAUUUGAGGAGCCAUCAUUCAUGCGAGUUUUGGAUUUGGAAGUCAUGCAUGUUCCGGAGUUUCCGGAUUAUACCAGUGCAGAAAUUCCUUUUGUCGCAGAUGGUGAAUUUGCUGUUGGGAUGGAAUUCAGUUCUAGAGAAACUGUUAUUAAGGCGAUAAAAGAGUAUACCAUACGAAGAAGCGUAGACUACCGGGUCUAUGAGUCUGAACCAUUGACAUUUUAUGCUAAGUGUACACAGUAUGGGUCAGGGUGUGAUUGGCUUAUCCGGGUUAGCAUGAUCAGCCGGAAGUACUGUUGGGUUAUAAAGAGGUAUAAUGGCAGUCACACAUGUAUCAGAGCAACAAUUUCUCAGGAUCAUUCGAAGUUGGAUUCGAAUACAAUUGCAGAAGCAAUAAAGCCGUUGGUUGAGGCUGAUCCCGCCUUAAAGGUAAAAUCGGUUAUAGCAGAGGUGCAAUCGAAGUUCAACUACACCGUUAGUUAUCGGAAAGCAUGGUUGGCUAAGCAAAAGGCAGUGGAAAAAAUAUUUGGAGGCUGGGAAGCAUCGUACGAAGCCUUGCCUAUAUGGUUUGAGGCCAUGUGUCAUAAGGAGCUAUCAGCUGUUGUUCAUUUUGAGACUAUGCCUGCAUAUCAAGGUGACGACUUGGUGACUGAUAUUCGGGUAUUGCAUCGGGUCUUUUGGAGUUAUUACCCCUGCAUUAGAGCAUUCAGACAUUGUAAGCCAGUUGUACAGGUGGAUGGGACACACUUGUACGGAAAGUACAAGGGUUGUCUACUAGUGACAGUUUCACAAGAUGGCAACAACAAUAUCGUCCCAAUUGCUUUUGCUAUUGUGAAGGGAGAGACUUCUGAUGCAUGGUACUUUUUCCUUAGUAACCUUCGCCAGCAUGUUGUCACUCGAGAUGGUGUGGGACUGAUAUCCGACCGUCAUGAAUUCAUAAAUGCCGCUGUGGAAAGGAGUAACGGUGCUUGGUCACCUCCAAGAGCUUUCCAUAUGUUUUGCAUCAGGCAUAUAGAAUCGAAUUUUCUGAGGAAAUUCAAGGCGCCAUACUUGCAGAAACUGGUCGUCAAUUUAGGAUAUUCGAGGACGGUGCGGGAGUAUGAAGUACGAUACCAACGUUUACAAGAACGGGGCGAGGCCUACACUAACUGGUUAAACCGAAUCCCCCCGCGAACAGUACGCGUUGGCUUUUGAUGGUGGAUAUCGAUGGGGUCAUAUGACGACGA